CAUGGCUGCCACGUGCAGUCACUAAAAGAAACCGCCUUCCAGGUCCUGCAACUAUAAAAUAGUUGCAAGCAGGAGGUAAAUGGGGUAAAGGCAAAACUGAGGAAAGCUGAGAGGUAUGUCUGGGGCACAAGGCGCACAGCCAAAGGAGGCAUAUACAGCAACCACAUAUGAGUCAGUGGGAGGAGAAGAGAACAAGACGAAGUUGGAUUUGCGGUCCAGAGAAGAUGAAGGGGGCAUAAAGGUAGAUAAAUUGCAGGACAAGGUGGAGGAUGCUGCUGGCAAAGGCGGGCCUGUUUUUGGUGCCGCUGCCCAACAAGAAGAAGAAGAAGGUGGUGACAAGCCAGAUUUGGGUGUUACCGGCACGGCUUAGUCUCUUGUUUUUUUUUCCCCUUUUGACAUGGCUGUGGCUUAUGCUUAUGUCUAGGUGUGUAUGAAUGUACAAAUACUAAAAAUAAUGGAAUAAUAAUUACCUAAAAGUUGGCGGUUCCAGUAGAAAAAGGUAACAUGAGCAGGUUUUUUUAACGA